AUGAGAGCUCAGAUCGAUGAGAUCAAGGCCAAGCGAGCGAAGGGCGAGAAACCGUUGGCCGAGGCAGGAGCUGCACAGACCACUAUCUUCGACUCGAUCCUCGACAGCGACCUCCCAGACGCCGAAAAAGAGAAUGAGCGCCUGUGGCACGAAGCACAGGUGAUGUGCAUCGCCGGCACCGAGACGACGGCUUGGACACUGUCGGUAUUGAGUUUCUACCUGCUCUCCAACCCCGAAGUGAUGCGGAAACUCCGCGGCGAACUCGAGCUGGCGAUGCCAGACGUAUCGGCCAACAGCGUCGAAAUCAAAGAUCUCGAAAAAUUGCCGUACCUGACGGCCGUGAUACAGGUGUCGCUUCGGUUAUCAUUCGGAGUCAGCACGCGGCUGCAACGACUCUGUCCAGACGAGGCCCCCGUUUUCGACGACGGAGAGACUCGGUGGAGGGUACCCGCGAAUACCCCUGUCGGCAUGUCCUGCGGCCUGGUCCACCUGAACCCAGACAUCUUCCCCUCGCCGCUUGAAUUCACGACCGACCGCUGGCUGCGAGACCCGCAGCUGGGGCGGUACCUGUGCUCGUUCUCCCGGGGCACGCGCCAGUGCAUCGGGAUCAAUAUGGCCUACGCGCAGCUGUACCUGUGCGUGGCGGGCAUCUUCCGAGGGUACGGUGGGCCCGGCAAUGCCGGUCCGCUGGGGUAUUUGGAGUUGUUUGAGACGACGCACGAGGAGGUCGAGAUCCAGUAUGAUUUGUUCAUGCCGUUUCCGAGGCCCCGCUCGAAGCGGUCCAGGGUUGUUGUGAGGUAG